AUGGCAAUCGGCGAUAAAGGUGACACGGGGUCUGACGACUGGGUGCUCGAUAGUGGUUCCAGUAGCCACCUCGUCAACGAUGCCACACUUUUGAUGGACGCAAGAGAUUGUAAGGAAGAGUGUCGCCUUGCUGACGGUGAAACGGUACGGCUAUCGCGGGUCGGAAACAUGGUGCUGACAUUACUAUCGAAAGGAAGGCAGAAGAAUUUGAUGCUGACGGAUGUAUUCCUCGCGCCAGAGCUGGUGCGCAAUCUCAUGUCAUACGGCAAGCUCGAUCGCAAGGGGUUUGGCCUUGUUUACGAUGGCACGACGCGCGGCCUAGCGAAGCGUAGGGACGGCGAAGUCGCGUUCGACGUGAUGAUGCGGUACAAUGUGUUGUACGUAAGGACGGUCCAAUCAGCACGCACGACACAGACUCCAAACGACGUUCUUACAAUGGUUUUAAUGCGAGAAUAG